UAAAUACACUCACCAGUCCACACCUUCUCUCACGCAUGGCAUAGAAAACUGAGAAGAGAAAGACUUCAUCUUUGGGAGGGAAAUUUCAUAACAUGUUAAAUUUCCAUACCCAUUUACACACCCAUCAAACUACUUCUUCCAUAAACAACUGAUACAUUUGGUGGUCCAUACCCACAGACUCAUUCAAGCAAGACACUAACAAAAUGUUUGCAGCUGAGAAUGGACUCAAAGGAGACCCAAGGCUGCGAGCCAUUUCUGAAGCAAUUCGGGUGGUGCCUCACUUUCCUAAACCAGGGAUAAUGUUUCAAGAUAUAACAACGUUGUUGUUGAAUCAUAAGGCUUUCAAGGACACCGUGGACAUAUUUGUCGAUCGCUACAGAAACAUGGACAUUUCUGUUGUUGCUGGUGUUGAAGCUCGGGGAUUCAUGUUUGGCCCAUCAAUUGCUUUAGCCAUUGGUGCCAAGUUUGUUCCUUUGCGAAAACCCAAAAAACUGCCAGGUGAAGUAAUUUCUGAAGCCUAUGUGCUGGAGUAUGGAACCGACUGUUUGGAGAUGCAUGUUGAUGCUGUUCAGCCUGGUGAACGGGCUUUGAUCAUUGAUGAUUUGGUUGCUACUGGGGGUACCCUCAGAGCAGCAGUAAGACUUUUGGAACGCAUGGGGGCAGAAGUGGUAGAAUGUGCUUGUGUUGUUGGGUUGCCUGAGGUCAAGGGGCAAUGCAGACUUAACGGGACACCUCUUUACAUUCUUGUCGAGCCUCGCGAAUUAGAUAACUGUCAUUAUGAUACAAUGUGAUUGGCAAGAUGCUUGUCUUGGGAAGAGUUAGAAGGGAAAAAAAUUGCUAUAUUUGAAGACAUUACCAUCCUUUAUGUUGUCUUGUCUCUCUAUUAGAUCUCUGGGAUUCCAUAGCCACUCAACCAUUCCAUUCUAUUGCUGCUUGUAAUAUAGAAUAUGGGCAAAAAUGGUUUCUUUUUUCCUCUUUUAA